AUGCUCACUUUUGCGACAACAAUUGACAACAUCAGAGAUAGACUUGAAGAAUGGAACGAUGUCUUGACACUGCUAUUGAAGACACCCUUCUGGACAUUGAUAGAAGCAUAUAUCCAGCAAAGGUUAACAAAGGUAGAGUGCAUGAAGUCUAAUUAUGACAUUGUGAGACUCAUACAAGACUAUGACACAAAAACAAGGAAGUUCAAGUUUAAUGGUGGUGACAGUGAGAUGAAAAACCAAGAUGUGGCUGAAAAUUUUUGGUUUGCCAAACAGAGGCAAAAAGCUACCAAGUACAACAACCUCAACAAGGCCGGAUUUGCAUUUUGUGAAGAAAUACUUCAUGGGUCAUAA